AUGGCAAACGUACUGGCCGGCGGGGACGGCAUCAUGGGAGGGGCCGGCUUCCCCCUCGAGCAGUGGUUCUACGAAAUGCCUGUAUGCACGCGCUGGUGGAUGACAGCUGCCCUGGGAGCCAGUGUACUCGUGCAAUGCCAUGUCGUAUCGCCCUAUCAGCUCUUUUACAGCGUGCGCACUGUCUUUCUGAGGAACCAGUACUGGCGAUUGAUCACGACCUUCUUCUACUUCGGCCCACUUAGUCUCGACCUACUGUACCACAUCUUCUUUUUGCAGCGCUACUCGCGCCUGCUGGAAGAGUCGUCUGGACGCUCGCCUGCCCAUUUCUCGUGGCUUCUGACGUUUGUCUCGACGCUGUUGCUAUGCAUUGCGCCCAUCUUCUCCAUGGCCUUCCUCGGCUCGGCCUUGUCUAGCACCCUUAUCUAUAUCUGGAGUCGCAAGAACCCUGACACGACGCUCGGCUUCCUAGGACUGAUUGUGUUCAAGGCCCCGUAUUUGCCAUGGGUGUUGAUGGCCUUCUCGUUGGUCAUGCAUUCCCAAGUACCGCGAGAUGAGAUGUGCGGCAUUGUUGUUGGGCAUAUCUGGUACUACUUCAACGACAUCUACCCGCCUCUCCACAACGGCCACAGCCCUCUUGACCCCCCGGCGUGGUGGAUCCGCUUGAUUGAAGGCCGGCCUGCUCCUGUGGAAGAGGUUCCCGAAGACGAAGGUAUGGCCGACGACCACGCACCCACGGAAGCUGUUGCUGCACGAUGA